GAAACCAAGAGCCAUGAAUUGCGCAUCAGAAAACGAAGUCUUCCGCAGAAGUUUGCUGUUGCCAUGUUUGCCGAUGGGAAAAUAGAUAACAUUGAUCAAAAUCAUAAGAAUCCAGAAAGUGAGGAUACAAAAAUACGAGUUGUUCUAGAAGUACAGCAUCUUGAUCGUGAACGCAAGAAGAGUCCACUAAUGCUUGAUUUUGACGGCAUCCUGUUGAUAUUACAACACGAAGAGCACAAGCAACCAACAUGUUUUGGUGCCAUGGAAAACCAAGUUACAAUGGACGGUAAAGCCGACGAUCAUGCAACUGAUGAAGAGUUGGGGAACGCUAGACAAAAAGAAAUCAAAAACACUACUGAAAAGAGUUUGUGGAAAAAGACCAAGGUUUGAAGAUGAUGGAGGUCAUGAUGAUAAGAAGGAAAGCCUUUGCAGUACAUCAGUUAGGAAGCGAAAAAAGUCUGUGACUUUCGAUCUUUCUGGACUUCUUGAAAUGCUGUCAAUGAACGGAACAGAACGACAGGGAAUAAAUCCCGAUCACACGCCUGACAACAAAACAACACGGCAGAAAAAUCGAAAGAACAGAAGAUUGCGAUACCACAGAUAAUUCGUUAACUUCAGGGGAUAACCCUGAUCUUCUUGGUCUCCCUGUUCAAUCGACAAGUUCUCCAUCUGAGGGAAGACGUCCAAAAGGAAUCAAAUACUGGCUAAAAGAUCCACAGGUGUACAUGGUAAACCCUCACGAUUCAAACUAUCCUUGUUUGUUGAUUUAGUUGACUCUCUGUGACGUUUUUCUCGUGUUUUAAUUCUCACAGAGAGAUUAUCAUUCCCCAAGGUAUAGUUCAAUCUGAUGCGCUCAGUCGCUUUCACCUCUUUAAUAACUAUAAUAAUCUCAUCGUAUUUUUGUCCUGGAUCAGGCAGCUACCACUUAUUUUCCACUCGUCCUCCUAACCAGUGGCUCUUUAGCGAGUUCAACGUGUAAGGAACCGAAAAGGAAAAUUGAAAGUAAGGUAAGACCUUGAUUAACAGCUUCUUCUAGCUAGUCAUUCCACGUUUAUGAUAGAAGAAAUGCAUUGAUUGCGCCAAACGUCAGUUUAUGUCCUUGUUGAUGAUGAUUGGCUGAGAGGGGCAAUAAAUCAACGAUCAUCUUAAUGGCUUUAUUUAACUUAACUCGACACAUGAACCAUCUUUUCCUCAAGUUACGAUAGUUAGGAGUUCGAUCCCUCAAAGGAUUCUCAGAUCUCUUUUUUUUGUGUCUUGCUUGUUACAGAACCAAGAACAACUUUAUUUGUUAAAUUAGUCUUAGAAACUUUCAUACUUUCCUUGAUAUCCACAUCUAAUGGAGCUACCUUCUGGCAAGUUUAUUUGUGACGGGUGGCGCUGUUUGGAGCUAUUUUCAAACCUUCUCCACCAGACAACUUAUGCACCAGUGGGUAUGAUAAGAAGUGGUCUGUCCAUUAUGUAUUUCAUGGUACUGGUCUUCAUCACCGAGCUGAUCGGGGAAAAUAGGGUUAGUCUUCCGAAACAAGUUUAAAUAGUUUCGAGGAGAGACUAAGUCGCAAACUCUGAUCAUUUCAUUAGAGUGCAUUUCCAACCAGCCAUUUUUGAAACUGAAAUGACAUGAAAGUUUUUUUGAAUGUCGCAAAACAAAAUCCAAACUAAUCACAACUCUUUGUCCGAACGAAAUAAAAUCUUACAAGCAGCUACUAAGAAUAUAAAGUAAAUACAGUUAGAUCGCCUGAAGUUUGGGAAAUUUCGAGUUACAUCUGAUCGGUUGAGAGAUUGUUGCGAGUUUUCAAGGCCAAUCAUAAGGGUAAUGAAAAAGAACCGUUUCAUUCGCGAACUAGUUCCGAAACUUGAUUAACACCAUGAUCAGUGUGCAGAUUUCCCAUAGCGCUCUCUAUCAAUUUACCAUGAUGCUAAUAGGGAGAUUUUUUCUGACAAUCAAGACCUUUAUUUUGAUAGGCGAUCAUUUACCUUUUUCUCUUUUGACGUAAAUGUUUGAUUCAGCAGUGACACCAUGGGGAGAAAUUAAAGACCUGCCGGUCUUAGGGGUAAAGAGUUAAAAAAUUACGUUAAUAAUAGGACUAAUGUUGGUUUCCCAUCAGAGAUCAAUGAGUUAAUACGGUAAUUUCCUGUCAGGAAACCAGUGGAUCAGUGUUUUCCAUUAUCACUGUAAUCGCCAGAAACUCAAGCGGUGCGCUUAUCAUUGGUAUACAGGACUUUUAUCCGGAAGAAAGGUUAGUCUAUCAAAUCUUUAUUGUAAUUUACCCUAGAAGGAACAAGAAACAUGGUAUUUAAAACGUUUAGAUUACCAGCCGGUUUGUUAAAACUCGAAAAGUAUAUUCAACAGUUCUUUACUAGCUUGACCAGGCCAUCGUUGACAAAUCUGCAAAAGUAAAGGUAAGUACAUUGUCAAGCUGUUAGACGUCUAUAACUUGGGUAACGGUUGAAGAAUAACUGCAAUACUCUGAAUUACCCCUUGACUCAAUGGUGUCAAGCUGUUCCUUCGUUUAAACUAGUAAUCUUACCAAAUAACAGAAGCCUGUGUAAAUGCAUUUACCUCGUGAUGGUUUUGUGUCUAUGUAGUACUGCUAUCCAUGUUCAGUUAUAAUUAAUAAGACGGUUUUAAACUUAGAGCUUCAGGUUUGUCAGUCAGUAUUACACGUGGUUGUCUUUGUUGUUAAUGAAACCUUCUUCUGUCAAUUUGUUCUUCUAGUUUCAGAAGAUGUUGAAAGAGAUGGUAAACUCAUUUCCAAUGUCAAUGUUUUAAAAGCACUUCUUAAUAAUCGGCCAAAUGUAGGUCAUGUGAGGUGGCGGCGGACGAGAUUGAGUCGAAUCUACAUCAAUACUUUUCAAUCAAGUUGCUUUUAAUUAUGGAAAUUGCAGUAAUUAGUCUCCUUAUCAUCAACCUCGAUCUUUAUCAAUUUGAUGACUCUCAAGAAUAAUAAGCUAUUGUCAUUUACUAACGUCAGUUUAUGGUUUAGUGAAUUCCUCUAAGUAAGGUCAAUUGACGUUUACUGAGGAUAAGAACCGCACCAGGCAUAGAAAUAAAUUUUUGUGGUCUUUCACAAUCUACUGUGUUGUUCAGUGGAGAAAGCAGACAUUAUCUAUGCUAAAAGAGUCAGUAAAACCGCAAAUAAAAGAAGCGCACGGCAGCAGUAUCUAGGCCUUCGAACGACGCAAAAGAUUAGCUCAAUGCAUUUCGAGCUUGAUUCGUUUUAGUUAGAGCAAAAUAUUGCGAGGGCUAGGGUAGGAUUCAGUUCUGUACAUUCUUAUGAAUUAAUUUGAAAGCCACUUUGUAAGUUUUUUUUCUAUAACCACGCGACUAUUUUUAGAUGUUGCGGCAGAAAUUACUUUAAAAAAUACAAUGAAAACGCUCGACCAGAAAAAAAAAAUAGCAAAAGUCUUCAUUAUAGAAGAGAUGGUAAAUUUAUCCUGUGACAGGAUCAGCCAAAAACUGUUUCCUGUGAUAUAUGUAAAUUGAACCAAUUUUGAAGAGUUGAAAUUAAAUAUUCAAAUGUAAGAAGACAGUAAAGAACCUUGUUAAGUUAUAAAAUAAAGGGAAAAUAACUUCAAAACUCCUUGUAAUCCUUUUUCAGACACUCCACUGAAGCUUGGACGGGAGAAACAAAGAACAAUCAUGGUCGCUGUGAUUGAUAUGCACGAUUUAGUAAACUCCUAACUUUCUUUAUUCAAUUUAGAACCAGCUCAAAUGAGGCGUUUAGCAACUACGUGCGGCAUGUGUUUAUAAUGGCGCCUGGAGUAUUAACUCUGGUGGGAUUCUUACUGGUUUUGUUUUUCCAACCAUCUAACUUUAUCUGCAAAAGUAAAGGUAAGUUCAUUGUCAAGCUGUUAGACGUCUCUAACUUGGGUAACGUAAGGAGAAUAACUGCGAAUACUUUUAAUUACCCCCUGACGCAAUGGUGUCAAGCGUUCCUUUGUUUAAACUAGUAAUCUUAUUAAAUGACACGGGUACCAAACUGACGUUUGGUCUGUCCGAUGUAUUCGUUUUCCGAUGUAUUCAGACCAAACGUCAGUUUGGUACACGGUUAAAAGAGCACCAAAAAGCGGUUUUCCUUUGCAAAAAGGAAAAUUCAGCCUUAUCGGAGCAUACAUGCCUAACUAACCAUACGAUUGGGUGGGAUAAUUCUAAAAUUAUCACCACUAAUCGGCGUUACCACCCGGGCCUUUGUUUGGAGGCUUGGCAUAUUAACUCCGCCCACGCUCCUUUAGAUCGUGACGAUGGCGGUUUGCUUCCUGACGCCUAUUUACACCUCGUAAGAAAAUAUGCCGCUAAUCAGUGAUCAUAUAAAAGGACCUCUUGUUGCAGCGUUUAGAUCACCCCUGAUGAAGGCACUAGACAGGAGUGUCGAAACGAUGGGUUGUGAAUUGAAUAUGAAUUGUAACUUCUUCGGUUACAUUCAUUAAAUCUGCAAACCAGAAUAGCAAUCAAACUAUGUCUGAUUGUCCACCUGGUUGCCGUGUGAACUGUAAUAUAUUUGAAGCUAUGGUCAUGUUCUAACGUCAGUUUAUGGUUUAGUGAAUUCCUCUGAGUAAGGUCUAUUUAUUGUGUUUUUUAAGAACAAAAACGUUUACUGAGGAUAAGAAUAGCACCAGGCAUCGAAAUAAAGUUUUGUGGUCUUUCACAAUCUACUGUGUUGUUCAGUGGAGAAAGCAGACAUUAUCUAUGCUAAAAGAGUCAGUAAAACCGCAAAGAAAAGAAGCGCACGGCAGCAGUAUCUAGGCCUUCAAACGACGCAAAAGAUUAGCUCAAUGCAUUUCGCGCUUGAUUCGUUUUAGUCAGAGUAAAAUAUUGUGAGGGUUGGGGUAGGAUUCAGUUCUGUACAUUCUUAUGAAUUAAUUUUAUAGCCACUAUGCUAUUUUUUUCCAUAACCACGGGACUAUUUUUAGAUGUUGCGGCAGUAAUUAGUUUACAAAAUUCAAUCAAAAAGCUCGGCCAGAAAAAACAAUUAACCAAAGUCCUCAAGAAGAAGAGAAGAGAUCGUAAAUUUACCCUGUGACAGGAUUAGCCAAAAAUUUUUUCGUGUGAUAUAUUUAAAUUAAACCAAUUUUGAAGAGUUGAAACUAAAUAUUCAAAUGUAACAGGACAUUAAAGAACCUUGUUAAGGUAUAAAAUAAAGCGAAAAUAAUUCCAAAACUCCUCGUAAUCCUUUUUCAAACACUCCACUGAAGCUUGAACGGGAGAAACAAAGACCAAUCUUGGCCGCUGUGAUUGAUGUGUGAACUGUAUGUUGAAGAGCUCCUGAGGAAAAGCACAAUGAUAGAGCAAUGAUUAAUUUAUACCAACUGAAGACGAACGCAAAUACGCGGCUUACCAAUAUGACAGCCUCUGAUGCUUUUCCUCGUAGUCACAACUUGUGUUGAAAUGAACCCGCUACUGGGCCUAAAGUGUGAACAUUUCGGCUUCUCGACUCAAGCUGCAUUUUUAGAAGUUCGGAAAUGUUAUUUAAGGUUAUUGUUUUUAUUAGACCUUACAAACGUUUUAUUUCUUUCCACGUAAGUUUCUGAGCUUCAUUGAAAUUAUUUUAGACUUUCACUGAGUAGGGAGGGGUAGAAUGUGAUACAACUUUCAUUUACGCAUAUGGAAAUGCAACUUCCGUCCACGGUCUACAACUUCCGUCAAUAUCUGUUUCAUCACGUAGUAGUACAGCAAUUAGAAAGUGAACAUAAGAAGAGUCUCUUAGCUCGGUUUUAGGACGGGAUCCUGUCAAGACUAGAUCAAGAGGUGGAAGUGCAACCUAAAUACGCACAACAACGACCUGGGAAAGGUCAAACCAAAGAAGAGGAGGAAUAAGAUGAUAAGGAAAAAAAGGAUUCAGGGCAUCAGAAAACAUCAAAAUGUGUUAUAAAUAUCAGUGACUUACUCAGUGACUCACAUAGAGCGACAAUCGAAUAAUUUCAGAAAAAUAAAAUGAACUUUUACUAAAGAUGUAGAUUUUUACCCCUGACAUUAGUCGACGAACAAAUAGAGGACCCAAGGUAACUUUUUAAGAUUUACCUAGGUUUACAUCCAUGGGAUAUCUCUAAAAUCUCUGGCAGCCCCAAGGCAAAAUAAUGACAAGUUCACCGCGGAAAGCUCACUAGGACUAUGUUGAUAUGGUAAUUUAGUGUUAACAACUCAGUUGAAAACGUGAAUUGGCCACCGCAAAGAGUGAAAAGGCUCACGUUUCAAGCGUUAGCCCUACGUCAGAGCGAUUAAUAUGAUUGACUAUCUGGAAAACAAAAAGCGGGCUGUGAUUGGUGCAUUAUUUCCUUAUCAAGUGGGAACGUCACACACCCAUAUAAAAGUGGUAAAAGUGGGCUUCCGAUAGAAUGGAAGCAGGUUUAAGUGUGGGAGAGAGAGAGUAGCGUGUCCAGACCAAAGAGACCCGUUUUUACAAUGCGUACAGGAGAAAGGUUACUGUGUGCAGCGGGAAGUAUAUUCAAUGACCUCUGCAAGUGCAUGUUUUUAUUUUCUCUCCUAUUUUUCAUGGAGGUAGUGGAACUUUCAGCUGCGAACACUGGACUUAUAAUACUCCUUGGACAAAUUGUCGACGCGUUGACUUCAGUAAUCUCUGGAUACCUUGGUGAUAUGAUUAAAGUACCCGUUCUUUCACAGAAAAUUGGAAAGCGAAAAUCUUGGCAUCUUAUGGCAACGAUUUUCAUGGGAAUUGUACUUCCUCUCUGCUUCAACCGUUGCUUUCUCUGUACUGGAAGUCAUCAAACUUGGCUUCCCACCGUCUAUUACGGUUUCUUAUUUUCACUGUUUUGCAUGUGUUUCAGCGUGGUGGAGAUAAAUCACCUGGCUUUCAUCACAGCUACAGCCGUUUCGGUUGAGGAACAAACAGAUCUUAGCGCCAUGAGGUUUGCUAUUUAUAAAAGUAUUAAAUUAAAUUAAAUUUAACUGUUCACCCAUUUUGUUGGGCUCUUACCAAAGAUCUACUGGAGGACAGACGCUUAGUUAAGGUCGCCAUUUACCCAAUUUUUCUUUUUUAUCAUCUAAAACAAACUCAUUAUAUGUUGAUGCGAGUUAACAGUUCAAGAAUCACAGAAUAUGUCAAAAUGUGGUAAAAAUAUAAAUUAUUCACUCGGCUACGCCCCGUGUGCCACGAGCAUAUUCUGACGUCAUCUUUGAUCUCUAACAAAACGGAAGACGUCAUAAUGUAACAAGUUGCUUUUCACUACAACACUACAUAAGCGUAAGCCGGUUGAUUUAAGUACCAUUGCCUAUUGCUUUGUAAAAGUUAUAGGAAAGAAAACUAAUUUAAUGAAAAACCUUCCAGCUAUGCGUAUGUCUGCUCAGACCUCCAAUUUUAGUGUUCACACACGUGAAAUUAAGCUUCGAACGUAUUCAUCAGUUUUUAUCAUGCAUUCAGCCAUUGAUUGACCUUACUGGCCAUAAUGGACGGCAACUUGUAUUCCUGUGUGAGGAAUAAAAUUUUCGUGUCAAUUGCCGCAGUUAUAACACUCCAUAAAGUUUCAAGCGGUAAAUUAGGCAGGGAUUUACUUUUGAGGUUGCAUUUAAGGACAGCAUCAAGUUAUUUUGUACAUGAUUCGAGAUAAUUAUAUUAAAUCUGUAUCCGACUAAUUUGCGAAGUUUUCAUAUGGGCUGGUUGCAUAUAUUUUCUAGUUAAAAUGCGGACAAGAAAACAGCUAUUGUGUGCGGUGGGAAAUUUAUACAUAUAUGGUUUUAUGCCUUCCAAUGCAUAACCUUUUCGCGUGCCAUUUCUCCUGUGUAGACAAGCAGGAUGUUGAGGCUCAAGCAGAUCAAUUAUCGUUUGAUGUUCUUCUUCCUCAGCUUCUCUCUGAAAACAAGGCAACGCUAAAGAUGUGUUUAGAGGCAAAUCAAAAUUGCAACAAUUAG